GUCUGAGCAUGGAAAAUAAUCCUUCUGUGUCUUUAUACAAUGAUCUCACGAACACCUCAGUACCAUAUUGCUUCUACGCAAUCAAUAAAGAGCACCCCUUUUUUCUAACGCCGUGAAGCAGACAACACACAGACAAUAGAACGCACACAAACGUCGCUGUUUAUUUAAAUGCAGACAUCAGAACCUAUAGGAGCGGUCACAGAAAAAUCCGCACUCUCAAUCAAUUUUUUUUUAUUUGCAACCACCAUAGCGUUUCGUGUUUAUUACAAGAAUUAAAUUAUGGGGUUUUACGUGCCAAAAGCACUUUCUGGUUAUGAGGCACGCCGUAGUGGAGGACUCCGGAAAUUUCGACCACGUGGGGUUCUUUAACGUGCACCCAAAUCUAAGUACACGGGUGUUCUCGCCCCCACAGAAAAGCCGCCGCCGGGAUUCAAUCCCGCGACCUCACGCUCAGCAGCCAAACACCAUAGCCACUGAGCUACCACGUCGGGUUUUCGUGUUUAUUGUGACCUUCCGAUAAAGCACAGUGAAUAUUGGUCAGUCUUCUACAGGCGUCACGGCUGAGCUACGCUGCCGACAGUACCAUGACUGAUAAAGCGGCAGUACCGACGGAAGAUGUCACCACUGCGUCGAUAGCACGGACUCUGUGAUCAGGUGGCGCGAUAGACUAAUACCGUUUGCCAUGCUGAAACAAAAGCUUAGCGCGCUGACAUGCGCAGCAACGCUGUCAUCGUUCCGCAUCGGCACAGAGGAAGGAUGAUAACGUUGAACACUGCACUAACAGAGCAGCGAUGAAAUGUUAAUUAAGUAUAGAUGAUGUGGUUUUACGUGCCCGAACCAUGGGCUGUUGAUGCUAACAACAUUUUGAAAAGUGUACGAUGAAUCUCUCAAUCCUGUACAGAAAUAAAUUUAUUUUCUGCCAGAAAUUUAAGAUAGGUAGAGGUUUCUUUUUUUUUUUUCUUGCUUUGUAAUGAGUGACACUAGCCGGCACUGAAAACGGUGGUUGCUUAGCUUAGAACCGAGCAAAGCAAAGCACGCGCGGUUAAUCAUUACGUCCUUGAACAUAAUGAUUGAAGAAAUCAGGAGUAUUUUCCCGCAGGGUUCGCAUCAAAAUUCUUUUUCUUAUCCGCCGCAAGUGCAUAAAAGAAUAUUUUUCUUUUACAUAACUAGUUCGCAGCUACCCUCUGUGGCAUGCGCCACUUCAUCAGAAGAUCAAGAAGAAGAUGAUGAAGGGGAGGAAGGAGUGCGUCGGAUACCGGGCAGCUGUCUGGGAAGAAAAACAGCGAGUGCGCAACGAAUUAUAAUGCAUCUUUGCCAACGCUUGUGCCAAUCGCGGAAGGUGCUUUACAUUGUUUUCACCCUCGUCUUCCUGUGGCUGAGCGUGAAACUGGAGCUCGUCCUUCUCAAGCGCGUCACCAAGACGCGGCUGUUCUUCCACAAGGGCUACGUCUUGGACACUCCCGGAUGCAGGUUACCGGACUACGACCCUUUCCACUGGACCGUUCGGGCGCACUACCGGAACCAGUCCGGCGGAGAGGACCUGUGCGACGAGAGCGGAUACCUCGUCACCUUCGCGGAUCGCACGACGCCCGUGCUGAAUGAACGGGUGCUGGCGAGCCGGUACAACGCCACGGUCGCCGACGUCACCUGCUUUUACGCCGAGAUACUCAGGAACACGAGCUCCCCGGUUCCCGACAACGCGACGGUAGUUGGACCUUGGAGAACAGUCGAGUUCGGCAGGUAAGGGGCGUACGGUACAACUUUUUUUUUUUUUUUAGAUGCUGAGGUUGUCUCGUAUUUUCCUAGAGUUCAACGGAGAACUUGGGCUACACGCAAAGAACAAAAAUGAAAAAGGAAAACGUAACACGCUGGCGAAAUACCAACUGAUGUCUUAGCACCUCGUUUGGUAGUUCAAGCACCUGUCGCGUCGUUUCUUGUCCUUUUCUUGAUAUUCCUAUCUUAUAAUUUUUAUUUUUGAAAGUGAGCUAUUCGGUAAGACAGCAGCAGCAACAGAAGCCACGGUUUGCAAAGUCCACGACAGCGCAAUAAGAGAGCUUAGCUUUAAUCAACGUUGGAACUACAAAUGAAGUGCUAAACAGUGCUAAAGACCGUUGAGCGCGAGAUGGAGAGAGCCACCUAAACAAACAAGGACGACUAGAAGUUGUUUCCUUCUUUUUUUCUCGGCAGGAGAUAUCUCAGGUGCACCUACGUUUGUUUACACCAACCGAUAAGAAACGAAAUAACGCAAGGCUUACUGCAGAUAGCAUUA